CCCUCGGUUUAAUACGACCCACGUACGCCCCGGAACCAGAAGCCUUCGGAACCCACGACCGGACGCAUAUUACCAUUUGGCUCCUUACUCAUCACCUGGUCCUGACGGCUUGACCCUUUGUUCCUCAAAUCUGUGGUGCAUAUAUUGCCUCACCUAUCUCGCAGGUCUUCUAUCGAACGUUUCAGUCCGGACUUCUCCUGACCGCUUGGAAGUUGGGCAUCAUCAUGCAGCUUUGUCAAAUCAGAGCAGCAGCACGUGGCUGCGGCCUGAGUGGAACCUAGUACUGUUCCCCAAUGUGCCCCAUUUUGAUUACUACAAUGCAGUACGAAAUCAUAGAGAAGCCGCUCCGGGAGAUCGCUUGCUUGAGGCAGAUGUGAUUGCACAAACGGGUAAAUAUGUCUUGUGUAACGCAAUGUCAAGUUGACUUCAAUUCUGCUCGGAUUAUCGCAGCAACAUUCAUGAACAGAAAAUGCUCUAGGAACUCCGAAGUUACCAUGCAGAUAGGAACGCCACUCCAGCCAAUAUCGCCUUGUACCGCAGGACCAACAUCAGUAGACGAUGUUAGCGAUCACUCUCGCAAGAGGGGGCUACCGGCAGACGCCACUCAUGAUGUUCCGACAUCCGUAUCACUGCUUCACGUCGAGCGCACUUCUACCGAUAGACACUGUACAGCAUCUGUAUGUCAAGAAUUAACUGAACCUCACGUGGAAUCAUGGUCUACUGGCGCAAGACAACUUGAACCUACCGUAGGUAAAAGAAUGACCAGGACCAUAGGUACAAACACGCCUAUGGCUGAGAGCUUCACGACAAACUCAAAUUCUGAUUUCGUACAAUCCUCACACUUGAUACAGCGACUCCUGGCAGACCUCACGGAAGUGAAGGAGGAAAUGACAGAUAUUCGAGAGACGCAAACAUAUGUGGUCAACGAACUCAAAAGCAUAUUUGCGCAUAUUAAGUUACUGAGCGAUGAAAUUCGGCGCUCCAGCAUAACAACCCUGCCUCGUGAACUACCACCGCCAGAUACCACUGUUGACGAAUGAAGCACCCCAUAUGAUGACUACCGCUCAGUUUGAAUCGAUUGCCUUGGUGAUAAGUUUGAAAAAGUCAAACUCCAACGUCGCUCAGAAUCUUGCAUUCAGGAACCCGUGCUGUUAAUUGUUUGCAUAAAUUUUUGAGUACCUAAACUUCUUAAGAGCCCG